CGGGGAGCUGAGCCGGGCCAGCACCGAGCCAGGCCGGAUGGGUGGCACGGCAGGGCUGGGGCCCGGGGACCCCCAGGGCAGCUGAGCUGGCCCAUGGCGGCAGGCGCGGGCGCCUUCGCGUGGGCCACCUUCCCUGCCAUGCCCACGCGGCGUGUGUACUGCAGCGCUGCACACCGUGACGGGCAGCUCUUCGUGCUGGGGGGCUGUGGGAGUGGGGGGCGAGCACUGGGCACUGCUGAGGUGCUCGACCUCCCAGCCCAGCGCUGGACCACUCUCCCACCGCUACCUACGCCACGGGCUGGCGCUGCCACCCUAGCCCUGGGCAAGCAGAUCCUGGUGGUGGGUGGUGUGGACGCAGCACAAAGACCCCUCGCCUCCGUCGAGGUCUACCACGUGGAUGAGGGCAAAUGGGAGAAGAAGGCAGCGCUGGCUCAGCCCUCCAUGGGCAUCUCAGCCGUCCAAAGAGAUGGGGCUGUCUAUGCACUGGGGGGAAUGGGUGCAGACACAUCUCCCCAGGCACUUGUCCGUGUCUAUGAGCCAGCCAAGGACCACUGGCAGCCCCUGCCCUCCAUGCCCACCCCUUGCUAUGGGGCUUCCGCCUUCCUGCAGGGUAACAAGAUCUUCGUUCUGGGGGGCCGGCAGGGCAAGCUGCCUGUCACUGCCUUUGAAGCCUUUGACCUGGAGACGAGGAGCUGGACACGCUACCCCAGUGUGCCCAGCCGCCGCGCCUUCGCUGCCUGUGCCAUGGCUGAUGGAGUUGUCUUCAGCCUGGGGGGGCUGCAGCAACCAGGGCCCCACAACUUCUAUUCCCGUCCCCACUUCGUCAACACCGUGGAGAUGUUUGAUCCCGAGCAGGGUGCGUGGAGCAAGCCGAGCCGUGGUAUCCGCAUGAGGGAGAAGAGAGCUGACUUUGUGGCAGGCUGCCUGGGAGGAAGAGUGGUGGCUGUGGGUGGCCUCGGAAACCAGUCCUGCCCACUGGACUCGGUGGAAGGCUUCAGCCUCUCUCAGAAGAAGUGGGAGCUGCUGCCCCCCAUGCCCACAGGCCGCUGCUCCUGCUCCAGCUGCCCAGCUCCCAGCCUGCUCUUUGUCAUCGGGGGGGUGGCCCAGGGCCCCAGCGGCGCUGUCGAGGCUCUGUGCCUGCGUGAGGCACCCUGAGCAGGGCCUGGGGACCAGCCCUGGCCCAGCACCAAGUGCCUGAAGACAGGGACAGGGUGUGCGUGCACCCACGUGUGGGUGACCUGGCUCCAGGGAGUUGCCAUCCCAGGCUCUGGAUGUGGUUUCUCACCCUGUUUCAGAAAUCCCUCCUGGCUCCUGCACCACCGUGGCAGCAGAGCCUGGGGCAAAAUCCAGCAUAGUGUAGGGCCGCAGCUGGCAGCGUGGAGGGAACAGUGGCAGCAGGACUGCUUCUGGUGGCCAUGCUGCCCUGUCCGUGCCGCGGCAUGUCCGUGCCAUGUCUGUAGCUGUGAGUGCUGUGUCGUCAUAGACCCAGUCGAUGUCUCAUGUAGCACAGAGGUGCCCUGUAGCUCAGUGCCUACGAGGUGACAUAGCACCUCGAAUAAAUGAAACACGUGGAAUUUUACCC